GGAGUGAGAAAGAAAACAAGGCAGAGCAGCGUGCAGACGUGGAGACGGUCCCCUGGUAAACACGGGCCGGCGGCUGACAGGGUGACCUCGCUCCCCGAGGCAGCCACUCACAACACAUGUUGCCUUAUUAGGGGCGUCUACAGGCAGCGUGGGCAGACCUGGGAAGGUGGAGGGGGGGGGGGGUUUGUGUGUGAAAGGGAGAAAAAGCAUCACACAGAGGAGGUGAGUUAACGUGCAGGCAAGACAGUCCAAAAGUUUGUAACGAGAGUAAAGAGCCGGGGUUUUAUUACCAAGUUACCUCUGCAAUGCAGUUCACAAAAUACUUUAUCUCAAUGAAGUGCAACACUUUGCACAUCCCUGCAUAUUAUCAUAUUAUAUAACCUGUUCUCUUUGCCGUAUCACCGUAUUAUUAACAGGUUUUCAUUGUUUUUCACCUGCUCAGAGUGUAAGAUGUGGAGCAGAAAGAGACUUGCCUUUGAUGGGAUGAUUAACUGUUGAACAGAGUAUUCUAUCUAAACUGGCAUCAAGACAAGGAUGUCAGUAAAAGCCUUACAACCAUAAAGAACUGUAUUUCCAGGGGUAAUCUGAAUUUUACAAUCUUCGGACCCCCAUGCUUCCCGAGCUCGAAGGUUACUGGUUUGGAUACCAGUUGGUGGUUCCCCCCCACAGUCCAAAAACAUGCAGAUUGGGAUUAGGUUGAUUGGAGACUCUAAAUUGACUUUAGGUGUAAAAGUGAUUGUGAAUGGUUGUUUGGCCUUGUGAUACGCUGGUGGCCUGUCCAGGAUGUGCCCCGCCUCUUGCUCAAUGUCAGCUCGGUUUGGCUCCAGCCCACCGCGACCCUCAACUGAUGGGCGUUAAAGAUAAUGAAUUGAUGGAUGAACACAUUUAAAAACAGAAUAAGGAAGAUUUCACAGCCAAACUAUCUGAACAUUUUAAAUUUAAUACAGUUUUUGGACAUUAUCUUGCACUCAGCUGUCUUGACUGAAGCACACCUGAUGUGUUGUGGGCUUUAAGGAUACCAUCUGACUCCCAGUAGCCCUGGACCCCAUACCAGCCCUGCUGCCCUGCUGGCACCCUCCUCCAAUCCUGUUCCAGAGUUUUUAUCAUCAAGGCUAAUUUCUGCCUGUAAUCUGAUUAGGGCUCUGAGCUGCUUUAGCACCCUGCUGUGCUGUCUCUCUCUCUCUCUCCCCUCCACUCCACUGACACACACACACACACACACACACACACACACUGUCUGACAGCCAGUCUGUGCAGGCUGUAGCUCGCUGUGUAGCCAGGGCAGUCACUGCGCUGUGGCUGUGUGCUCGCCUGUGUGUGUGUGCUCGUGUCACCACUUUCAUCCCAGCCUGUCUGCUUGCCGGGAGCAGCCCUCGCCUCCGCCGCUGCAACUCCUGCUGUCCAACAUCGUCACCACCGCUGUGACACCGGAGGGGAGUCUAGCAGCGAGGCUGUCUGCUGCUCACCUCCUUAAACAUGUUUCGAAACCCAUGGAUCUCUAGUUACCAUGUGAACCAUGUCCAGCCCUGUGGCCAAGGAUCUGGAUCCAAAGCUCCGGCCAAACUCUGCAGCUCUGCCUCGUUUCCAUCCGAAGCCUUAAGUUUUCAGAGUGACUUCUCCUUGGGUGACAAGACCGCCUUGGUCAAGAGUGUUUCGGAUACAGAUGCCAAACUUCUGGUCGUCCUUCCCAAGGUUUCAGAGUUGAAGAAACACUUUGAGACUCCUGUCACAAAGGAUUUGGAGAUGAACAGGAAGGAGAGGAUAGCCCGGCGUCUGGAGGGGAUGGAAAGUGAUGCUCCUCCUGCUCUGGUACCCGGUGGUUUGGUAGCCAACAGAAUGCUGGAGGAGGAUCCGCCGCGGUACACCCGCGCCUCAGACCCCUGUGAGCCUUGUGUGAUGGUGAGGCGCUACAGUCGAGAGGAUUUUGAUGCACCCCAGAAGAAGAUGGCAUCUUCAGACAGAUCACCUCAGGUCAAAGGUGGAGUUGGCAGUGGACGUCCAGAGCCAAAGUUGGUGUAUGUCGACCCAGUAACGUUGUCCACCUCCUCUACACCCACAUCUGGCCCCACAGACCCCUCCAGCCUCAGUUCCAAGGCUGAGCGCAUAGCCCGCUACAAAGCAGAGCGCCGCCGCCAGCUAUCAGAGCGUUACGGCAUCCUCCUGGAUCAGGAGGCGGACACCGACUUCACACCAUGCCACAGGCCCCGCCGAGAGCCUGAGACCUCUGGUCGACAGACAACUGCCAGGCGAGACAAAGACGGACAGGAAUCAGAGGAACUGGGACGGGACCCCAGGGUGCCAUACCGCUCUGGAGUGGGCAAGGUUUACAUGAGGACUCAUCCAGAUGCUGCACCUGUUAACACAUCAAACCCCGCCCACACAACCCCAGCUCCUCCCCCCACACAGGAAAGACAGAGCAGAUAUUCUGAGCGGGAAAGAGCGAUGAACAUGGAGAACUAUCGGCGUGGUGGACCCCAAGAGCGCAGAACCACUUCAAGAUCCAGAACCCAGGAACUGCAUCCGCCCCAGCCCCAACAACCACAGAACCCCCCACACCACCAAGACGCUGCCCACCAGGAGCCAAGCCCCGCCUCCACAAGGGAUUACAGCAUCGCAGCAGUGCCCAACUCGCCUCGCACCGCCCGCCGGGCAUCCCUGCCCUCCACCCGCUACGGCAUAUCGCCUGGGGAUUUAUUCAUAGAGCAGCAGGCCCAGAGCAUCCUAAACAGACAGGGAAUCCGAGCAAGGGAACGAUUGUCCAGAGAUGAAACUGCCCAGAGGCCCCCUGACUGGAGUCCAGACAUGAAUCAGGUUAACAGACACCGUACUCAAAGGAACACUGCUCAGUAUACGCCACAGCACGCAGAAUCCACCCAGCAAAGGACUGUUCACCAGCCUCAGCCCAGCCCUGGCCACCAUCCUUCUCAUGGGCAAACAGCCUACCCUUCCACUCCUCCGGAGUACCGACAUUCUGCUCCUGCUGUGGAUUCACAGCCCUAUUUGGGUAUGCCUGCCCCAGUGGCUACUGCCAAACUUCCUGUACCUCCUGAGGUACUACCACGAAGGAGAGUGAGUGCCGACCAAAUCCAUGCCGCUCACAAGGAGGCAAGAUUAGAGGCCAGGCAGGCCCUGAAGGAAGAGGCCCAAACAGAGGGCCUGCUUAAGAGUAGGAAAGCUGUGCUGCCUUCAGAGAUCCGCCGGAGAGAAAAGAGUGUGGAUGAUCCUCACAGAGGCCGGCAUGAAGAUAUGGACUGGCAAAACUACAGCCCAGAACAGAGGAGGAUGAAUCAAGGCGAGGAAGACUGGGAUUGGGACAAAACGAGGGAGAGGGGGAGAGAGAGAAAUGUUGAGAGGAUGAGGGAAAGGGGGAGACAGAAUGUUGACAGCCAAGAGGAGAGAAUAUUUAAAUCUUUGCAGCCAUCCCACUCAUCUGUACGGCAGCAGCCCAGGCAGCAUCAAUCCUCAGACACUAUGUUCCAUCAAGAGCCCCAAAUUCCGUAUCAAGAGCCACCAAUGCAACAACAGUAUGAACCCAGUAAGAGGCAACAUGUUGCUCAAAUUCAGCAGCCAGACCCACAAAGGCAGCACCAGUAUGACCAGUCGAGACAGCCGCAAGAGCCUCAAAGACAACAACCCUUUCAAAUAAGGCAGGAGUACAAGCUCCAACAACAAGAACCUCCAAGUCAGCAACAUGACCUUGAGAAAAGAACAGAUCCACAACUAGACAAAGAGUUUGAGCCUCGGAGGGAGCAGCAGCAGGAUCGUUCAGAGCAACAGAGGUUUGACUCGGCUGUCUACCUCCAGAAGGUAUCUUCUUUGCCUCAGGUCAAAAGCAGAAGCAUGGAGCUCGGCGGAGGGCCCAAACCCAAGACUCGAACACGCUCCAUGUCAGAUAUAGGUAUUAGCGAGCAUUCUGCUAUGUAUCGUAUGGAGAGGGCAGCAGCCAGCCGGGACGCAUCCAGAGCCAUUCCAUCUGCAGGGGUGGCUAACGGGGAUUUGGGCACCCUGGACACCAGGGUGUCGGUAGCACAGCUGCGACACUCCUAUCUGGAAAAUGCCAACCGGAAACCUGAGUUUGAGGCCACUAAAGUAGAUCUGUCAGCAACGGAGGUAGAUCCAGCUAGUGGCAGUGAUCGAGACAGGCCUGCUCGGAGGCCUCGUCGCUACAUCACUCCAGGAGAGAGUCGCAUGUCGGAGAGGUUUAGGACCCAGCCCAUCACCUCUGCAGAGCGUUUGGAGUCUGAUAGGUCACGUCUCAGCCCAUCACAGCUACAGGAUCCUGACGAUGAAGAGAAGCUUGACGACAGAGCCAAGAUGAGCGUGGCUGCCAAGAGGUCUCUCUUCAGGGACUUGGAGAGGAUAUCAGACGGGAGCGUUCCCAAACCACGUUCCCGAAAUGCUGCUGUCGAAAGACGUCUAAGAAGAGUUCAAGACCGAUCACAAACGCAACCUGUCACCAACAGGGAGGUGGUCAAUGCUUCAAGUGACGCUGCCACAUUGCCGCAAACUGGGGACACUCACACGGCUGUAGCUUGCAUUCCCAGCUCCACUGUCGUCAACACAAGUGUGACAAACAAGAGCAUGCAGGCCUCCUCCCAGCUGGACUCAGCAGUGAAGGAGAAGGAUGUGGAGGAGCACCAGAAACCAGCUCAAGCUCCUCGUGUCGGGGCGGAAGGCGAUGGCCAGGAACUUGUCUCAAAUGAGCCUGACCUGUCCAGCCUCACCCUGGCGGAGAAGAUGGCCCUCUUCAACCGCCUUGCUCUGAUUACAGACAAGCCCAGUGAAGGGGCCCAUGGGGACACCCGCCAGCGCAGGGCCAAUGCUCGCUUUCAGACCCAGCCUAUCACUCAAGGAGAAGUGCAGCAGGAAGCUGAGGGACCUGUCACCUCCGCAGCGGGUAACGACAACUUAAAGGCCGUGAAGAGAGUCCAUCUGAAGAACGGAGGCGAGAUCAAAGUGGAGCCUUUGUCAGCGUCCCUGGUUCGAUCGGUGGCAGCAGUCACCUCCCAAGCGGCUGUCGCCACGGUAACCAUUAAGCCAGGCAGCAGCAGUGUUUGUGACGAUGACGGCCUCCGUCCAGGGAAGUCCACCGCCAUCCCCUACAUCCCUGCCCAACAACAGGCUUCCAGCAACACCAGCAGCCACCAGGAGAGAGCGCUAAGGUAUUUCUCCAUGACCCAGAGCGGGGACCCCGGCCACCCUGAGCCUGAGCUCACCUCCUCCCCUCUCCUCCCUGAGAGCCAGGAGAGAGUGGGGGCUCCUCCUGCUCCCAUCUCCACUGCUGGUCACAGGCAGCAGCGGGAGGCUGUGGAGGAGGGCUGGAGGGAGUAUCAAGAGGAGGAGGUUAGGGGUAGACGGCAGGGAGGAGCUACAGAAGACAGCCAAGGCGGCAACAUUAAGGAGAGGCUGCACUCCCCCGACAAGGACUGGGACGGCAGGCAGCAUCAGCAUCCCCAGCAUCAGCACCCUGCCGAGCCCUCUUUGUGGAGGGCCGAGUCAGAGCCUCUGUCCAGCUGGAGAGCUGCAGACAGAGAUCCAGAGGGAGGAGGAAGAGGAGGCUACCUGAGAGAGGCUGCAGCCGUGCACAGCUCCUCCACACGGGAGCAGGAGAGGAGCAGUGGCCGGAGCCAGGCAGGCGUCUCAGAUCAUUCUGCACCACUGAGGCCACUGGUAGCUAAAGUGUCCUCCAGGACAGUGUCUCACGUGUCCAGCAGCCAGCAGCAGCAGCAGCAGCAAACUGUAAACCUGCCUCCUCAAACUCUUCCGAAACCCUUCACACAGCCGCCUCUUGCGUCCCAGCCCAAACCACUGUCCAUCAUCCAGCCCCAGCCGUACUCCCAGCACUCCCAGCCCCCGCCAACAUAUCCGAAACCUUUCACCCAGUCCCCUCAAACUCAGCCCAAACCUCAGGGAUUCGUCCAGCCUCUUCCUAAGCCUUACCCACAGACCGCCCCCCAGCCUCCGCCCAAACCUCAGGUGCCUCCACAGACACCACCCAAGCCCCAGUCCUUCCCCAAGGCCCUGGUCAAGUCCCAGUCCCUGCCCCUGGACAACAGUGAGGACUUCAGCAGGGACAGUAUCCAGUCUGGAGAUCUGCUGUCCCCCACAGACUCUGGAGAUCUACUGUGUGACGGCAUGUCCAGCAAACAGAUGUCCAUCCGGGAGAGAGUGGCGCUGCUGAAGAAGAGUGGUGAGGAGGACUGGAAGAACCGGAUCAACAAGAAGCAGGAAGUGGUGAAGGUAGCGUCCGCUGAGCAGCCGGCUCCGGUGUGGGAGCCGGAGCCGGAGCCGACCUGCCAUGAGAAGGAGGAAGAGGUGGUCGUUCAGGACUACUCUGCUGUGUCUGUGUCCGAGCAGCUCUGGGAACCUGUCUUCUCCUCCACCUAUUCUCCUCCUAUCUCACUUGGCCAAAAGUGUCAGUAUAUUGAGCAUCCCGGUCAGAAGGUGGGAGAGGACAUUGACGCUCAGAUGACCAUUGAGGAGAGGAAACUGAUGAUUUCCACUCGUGAGGAUGCCUGGAGGACGAAGGGCAGAGGAGCAGCCAACGACUCCACCCAGUACACGGUGGCUGCACGGAUGGUGAAGAAAGGCCUUGCAGCCUCCUCCUCGGUUAUCAGUCCCAUCCUGUCACCAGUGUCCACCAAACUCAAGAGCAACAUGCCGGCUGUCAGCAAACCACAAGAGGAAAUUGAGGCUCGGCCCGAAAUGGAAUCGGAUAAGAAGCUUGACAAGUUGGAGAGUUUCUUGGGACGUCUCAAUAGCAAAGUGGCAGGUCUGCAGGAAACAACACUAACAGUGACUGAGAAGGCCGUGAAGGAGGUGAUGAAGCUGGACGACGAAAUCUUCUCCAAGUUCUACCGACGCGUUGCUGAGUUUCCACGCCUGCCCACCAGGAUCGAGAUCAGUGAGGACUUCGAUAGCAUCUUCGGCUGUCAGGGACCCAAGUUAACUUCAGCCAUGGUGCAGCACAAGCGGUCGGUGCGUCCGUCCAGGAACGUGCAGUCGUCCAGAAACCCUCUGAAGAAGCUGGCAGCCCGAGAGGACAUCAGACACGAGUACACUGAGCAGAGGCUCAACGUGGCUCAGCUGGAGAGCAAGAGGAUGAAGGCUGAGAAGAUGACUAAAACCUCAGAGUACUCUGAAGCUGCUCUGGCAGGUCUGGCCAGUAAAGAGAACUUCAGCAGCGUGAGUCUCCGCAGCGUCAACAUCUCGGAGCAGAUGUCCAACAACAGCGCCGUGCCGUACAAGAACCUAAUGCUGAUGCAGGUUAAAGGUCGUCGUCACGUUCAGACCAGAUUAGUGGAGCCGAGAGCGUCAUCGCUGAACAGCGGAGACUGUUUCCUGCUGGUGACUCCGGAGCACUGCUUCGUCUGGAUAGGAGAGUUCUCAAAUGUGAUCGAGAGGGCAAAGGCGAUAGAUUUGGCCACUUUCCUCCAAACCAAGAAGGACAUGGGCUGCAGGGCGAACGAGGUGCAGACUGUGGAGGAGGGAGUGAACCCACAGGGUCCAGACCACCAGCACUUCUGGACCAUCUUAGGAGGACAGUCGGCUUAUCAACCUGCGGGUCCACCGGAGGAGGAUGAGCAGUUUGAAAACGCCAUCGUGGAAACCAACUGUAUCUUCAGGCUGCUGGACGACAAACUGGUCCCUGAUGAUGAAGAGUGGGGGAAGGUCCCUCACAACUCGCUGCUGGCUUCCAAAGAGGUGCUGGUGUUUGACUUUGGCAGCGAGGUGUACGUGUGGCACGGUAAGGAGGUGACUCUGGCCCAGAGGAAAGUCGCCUUCCAGCUCGCCAAACACCUCUGGAACGGUACGUUUGAUUACACCUGCUGUGACGUCAACCCGCUGGACCCCGGCGGCUGCAACAAACUCAUACCCAGAAAGGGCCAGGGCCGUCCUGAUUGGGCGAUAUUUGGCAGGUUGACAGAGCACAACGAGACAAUCCUGUUCAAGGAGAAGUUCAUGGACUGGACCGAAGCGAAGGCGGUGACACCAAAGGAAGGCGGCGAGCUGGUACCUGAGCAGAAGGAGGCCCCGGGGCGAGAGUGCCAGCCCUACGACGCCACCCUGAUGCUUCCCUUCCUCCAGUCGUCCAUUUCCACCAUCUUGGACGGAGUAAACGUGGGCCGUGGUUACGGUCCGGUGGAGACUGAGGACCACAUGAGGAUCCAGGAGCUCAGCACGGUGUCGGUGGACGUCUGGCACAUCCUGGAGUUCGACUACAGCCGCCUCCCACGCCAGAGCAUUGGUCAGUUCCACGAGGGAGACGCCUACGUGGUCAAGUGGAAGCACAUGGUCAGCACCUCAGUUGGUCGCCGGCAGAACCCUGAGGCGAGGAGCACCGGACCGGGGAAAGAGAAAUGCUGCUAUUUCUUCUGGCAGGGCCGACACUCCACCGUCAGCGAGAAGGGGACGUCAGCCCUGAUGACGGUGGAGCUGGAUGAGGAGAGGGGAGCGCAGGUUCAGGUGCAGCAGGGGAAGGAGCCUCCGUGUUUCCUUCAGUGCUUCAACGGAGGGAUGAUCAUCCAUGCUGGCAAAAGGGAGGAGGAGGAGGAGAACACUCAGAGUGAUUGGCGUCUGUACUGUGUCCGGGGCGAGGCGCCGGUAGAAGGCCACCUGCUGGAGGUGGCGUGCCACUGCAGCAGCCUGCGCUCCAGGGCCUCCAUGAUCUUGCUGAACAUCAACAAGGCCAUCAUCUACCUUUGGCACGGCUGCAAGACGCAGCUUCACACGCGCGGCGUGGGAAACACGGCUGCGCUCAAAAUCAAAGAACAGUGCCCCCUGGAAGCAGGUCUCCAUAGCAGCAGUAAGGUGACCAUCCAUGAGUGUGAUGAGGGGGUGGAGCCUCCAGGCUUCUGGGAGGCUCUGGGCAGAAAGGACAGGAAGGCGUACGACUGUAUGCUGCAAGAUCCCGGUAAAUUCAACUUCACCCCGCGACUCUUCCAGCUGAGCAGCACAUCUGGAGAAUUUGUGGCGACCGAGUUCUUCCACCUGUCCAGAGCGCCGGACCUGGUCAGCUCGCUGCCUUUCCUGCAGGAAGACCUGUACAACGCACCCCAACCUGCGUUGUUCCUGGUGGAUAACUUCCAUGAAGUUUACCUGUGGCAGGGCUGGUGGCCUCAGGACAGUGAGAACACCGGCUCGGCUCGUAUCCGCUGGGACUCGGACAGGAAGUGUGCAAUGGAGACGGUGCUGCAGUACUGCAAAGAGAGAAACGAGAAGAAACCUCAGAAGUCGUAUCUGAUACACGCCGGUCUGGAGCCGCUCACCUUCACCAACAUGUUUCCCAGCUGGGAGCACAGGGAGGACGUGGCUGAGAUCACAGAGCGGGAGGCAGAGGUGUGUCACCAGAUCAUCCUGGUGGAGGACGUGUUGGCCCGGCUCAGUCAGAACACCUUCCCUCUGGAUCAGCUCCAGGCCCGGCCGCUCCCUGAGGGAGUCGACCCCCUCCGUCUGGAGCUCUACCUGUCCGACCAGGACUUUCAGACCAAGUUGUAGGUGGAUUCAGAAAGCUUUGGAGAUGAAGAGAGAGGAAUACGAAGGUCUGCCAGGGUGGAAGCAAGUGAACCUAAAGAAAGCCAAAGGACUGUUUUAAGUUUGAACCGAAGAUGGCGUGUGAGGAGUGGAACAGCACAGAUGGAGAAACAGGAAGUGUCACAUUAACCUUUAAACUUUUAGUGUUACCUCGUGAGGACGCCGGUGACAGAAGAAGUCACAGAGUCUCGAAGAAGGAACCGGAACCUGAGGAGAAACCUACACGAGCCCCGGAGACGCAUUCGCCUUGCUUAUAGUCACGUUUUACUUCUCAACUUUGUUAUUAAGUAACAAAACUAAACUCAAGUGGUUUGACCGAAGGUACAAACAAACUGCACCUUGCUCUGGUUCAUACAUGGUGUGUCUUUGGAGUCUCCUCCGAACACUUAACGUCACCUCUCGUGGACGCUCGGUGUCAGAGUGCCAUGCUAUGAUUGUGUACGUAUGCGUGUGUGCGACUGUAUAUAAUGUUUGUAAGUGUGCGUACUGUUCAUUUGUGUAAAUGUGUGUUUAGAUGCGUUUGUAUUUAUGUAAAGAAAAAAAAAAAACAAUCCUGUCAUGUCAGGUGUUGUGUUUUAUUUUGUCUACAGUGUCCGGAUGCUGUCAGGCCGUGUAGGAAACUCGUGUCGCUCGACCGUGACGUGGCUCUGACUCAGCGAGAGCAGAGUUGUAACUGAACGGUUUGACUUUGACGAGAGGAGACGCAGCAGCUCGGUGAAUCAGAAUGUAUAGUGCCUUGCUUUUUGUGUACAGUUUAUAUACAGAAAAUUCUAGUCUGCAUUUUUAAAGACUUUCUUUGUGAUAUAAGACAUAGUGAAAUAAAUCACAUUAAGGCUCAAA